AUGAGUGGAAAUUCUUCAUUUGCUGAUUUAGGCUUAAAUACAUGGUUAGUCAAGCAAUGCCGUGCUAUUGGAUUGGCUAAAGCGACGGCUGUACAAGAAAAGUGUAUACCACCAAUAUUGCAAGGUCAAAACUGCAUCGGUUGUGCUAAGACUGGAAGUGGAAAAACGGCUGCGUUUGCCUUACCUAUCCUGCAAAAUCUAGCUAAAGAACCGUUCGGAAUUUAUGCCUUAAUCCUAACUCCCACAAGGGAGCUUGCAUUUCAACUUGCUGACCAAUUUCGCGCUUUUGGCAAACCCAUUGGGAUGAGAGAUGCAAUCGUCAUUGGCGGACUAGAUAUUAUCAGCCAAAGCAUUGCGCUCUCCAAAAAGCCUCAUAUAGUAAUAGCAACACCUGGAAGACUGGCCGACCUAAUUGAUAAUGAUAGCAAAGUACACUUCUCCAAGAUUAAAUUCCUUGUAUUAGACGAAGCUGAUAGAUUGUUGGAAGCAAGUUUUGGGCCUGAUUUAGGUAAAAUAUUUGAAAUCUUACCCGAAGAUCGCCAGACGUUAUUAUUUAGUGCUACAAUGACCAAUGCUAUGGCCAGAGCCCAAGAAGUAGCAGCGUCAAAGAAACCAUUCAUUUAUGAAGAUACGGAUAUGAAAAUAUCUGCGACUGUAGAACAGCUAGACCAACAUUAUCUGCUCAUGCCUGCUGUGGUAAAGGACUGUUACUUUGUUUACUUGAUUAAACAAUUAUCUCUAGAAUUAGAAAAGAACCCACGUUGGAAUAUGAUGAUAUUUACUAGUACUUACAAUUUUUCAAAUCGUAGAAGUUGCCAAAUUCUUGCCAUCAUGUUAUCCCGCUUAGAAUUUUCUUGUGCUGCUUUACAUUCUCUUAUGCCUCAACGUCAAAGGUUAGGUUCACUAGCUAGAUUUAAAAAUGGCCUAUUAAAGAUCUUGGUUGCUACAGACGUUGCAAGCAGAGGUUUAGAUAUCCCAACCGUCGAAGCGGUAGUGAAUUACAAUGUUCCAUUGUCUGCAGAUGAUUAUAUUCAUCGUGUUGGCCGUACUGCACGUGCAGGAAAGAAGGGUAUGGCUGUAACCCUUAUGACACAGUAUGAUGUUAAUCGGAUUCAUAAUAUUGAAACAACCACCAACGUAAAGCUAUUGAAAUAUGAAGUGGAUGAACAUGAUGUUUUAAAACUUCUUAACAUCGUUACGAUGUUGCGCAAAGAAAUUGAUGUUCGUUUAGAAGAAAGUAACUUUGGACGGAAUAGGGAAUUAAAUAAACGUAAAAUGACUUUUCUUUCCAAGGUAAGAAUAAACUAG